AUGCCCACUUGGAGUUCAAGCGUGUUACAGCUAUACAGCAGUGCUGCUGGAGCAUUGCCUGUGACCACCAAAUCUAUCUCGUGGUGGAACCCUGUAGAUGGCUUCUCGGACCGGCUGUUGCCCAGUGACCGCUGGCAGUGGAGUGAUGUCACAGGGCUGAAGCACCAGCCUCUGGGUGACUUUCAGCUGCCCUCUGAGAACUGGGAGUGGGAGGCCGACUGGUAUGUGGAUGAAAACUUUGGAGGGGAACCCACAGAGAAAGCGGGAUGGACAUAUGCCAUUGAUUUUCCAGCCACUUACACAAAAGACAAAAAAUGGAACUCUUGCGUGCGUCGCCGCAGAUGGAUACGAUACAGAAGGUACAAGGCACAGGAAACUUGGGUCAAGAUCCCCUUAGAACAGACUGGAUCUCUUCCUGACCCGUUUAAUGACAUCACUUGUGGUGGUUGGGAGAUCACUGAGGAGCCUAGAGGGUGUUUGUCACUGUGGGCGGUCUCUCUGCAGGGAAAGGUGUGGUUCCGGUGUGGCAUCAACCACCAUAAUCCCGAGGGCUCCGUUUGGGAGGAGGUGCCAGUACCAGGGGAGGUUGUGCAGAUCAGCUGCGGCCCGGGUGACCUGGUGUGGGCUGUCCUGUGGGAGGGUGAUCUGCUGGUCAGAGAGGGCAUUGGCAGAGACUGCCUGAAGGGGUCAUCAUGGGUCAUGGUGGAGUCGCCGGACACUGGAGUGGCUGCCGCACACGUAGCUGUUGGUGUGAAUGUAGUGUGGGCUGUCACUAAAGAUCAUAAAGUCUGGUUUAGACGGGGUGUGAAUUCUCAUAAUCCUUGUGGUUCAGGUUGGAUAGGUAUGGUUGGAGAGAUGGCUAUGAUCAACGUGGGUUUCAAUGACCAGGUGUGGGCUAUUGGUUUUGAAGACCGGGCCGUAUAUUUCCGCCAGGGUGUGACUGCCAGCGAGCUGAGUGGAAAGGCCUGGAAGGUUGUGUCUGUGCCCAGAGAUAGUGAACGUUCCCACUCUAGCGCCAGCGCAAGCAGCCUUCAGAGCGCUGGUUGUUUCUUUGGUGGUGAGGUGCGUCUGCAGUCCCAUGCAUCAGUGUUGGGUGAUGCAGACCCUGAGACUGAAAGAACCGGGGCUGAAGUGGUCCCAACACCUGAGAUGGGAGACGCCCUUAAACCACGCAUCCCCAAAGUGACCAGUGACAACUUCAUCUCAGAGCUUGUGUCUGACCGUGAUGGCCAAAUCAGUCGCCGUGACGCCCCCCCAGCUGGCCCAUCUAUUCCUGAGGAGGAUCACACAGAAAAAGAGGUGGAGGACAGGGUUUCCCCAGCACAGGUUCUGUCUCCUAGCCAAUCAAGUGGGGUGGAUCCUCAAUGGAGCAAUGUUGACCUAGAGGAAGCCCAGACACACCUCGCAUCUGGACCUGGAGACACAGCUGAAACCAGCAGCCUGUCCUCUGUAGUCACCUAUAUCCUGGCCCUGGAGGAGCCUUAUGGGCCAGAUGAGCAUCCAAAAUGGGCCUGGGUUAGCGGUGGGGGAUGUUUGGUUGAGUGUCACACACAGCUCAACUGGUUCAACUCAUCUACAGCCACAGCCCUGAACUCCUCCAUGCAGGCCAUGUCUCACUCCAUUACACCUGCUCAAACGGCAGAAUGGCGUAAACAGAUAUUUGAGCAGCUCAGUGAGCGUUCCAAGAGGGAAAUGGAGAAUUUCAUGCAUUAUGAGCAGGCUAUUGAACAGUCUGUGUGGGUGAAGAAGGGCACCAUGCAGUGGUGGCGAGACUGGAAACCUCAUAAGUGGGUGGAUGUUCAGUUUGCACUGGAGCAGUUUUCAGGAGCAGAGGGCAACAAGGAUGGGAUUCUGUUCAUCUACUACACCUUUAAUGAUGAAAAAAAGUAUCUCCAUGUGUUCAUUAAUGAAGUGACAAUCCUGGUGCCAGUACUGAAUGACUCCAAACACACAUUUGCCAUCUAUACAGCAGAGCGAACCAAACAGAGGUGGCCUAUCCGCCUGGCUGCGCCCACAGAGCUGGAGAUGCACGACUGGCUGGCUCUGCUCAGUGUGUCUUGCUGUGACUCUAGAGGUAUUCAGGGCCCUCCCUCGAAACAAGCCAUCUGGUCGGUCACCUGUAGGGGUGACAUCUUUGUGAGCGAACCCACAAAAGAACUAGAGGCAAUUCCCUACCCUACACCCUGUAAUCAGAUGUUCUGGCGUCAAGUCGGAGGGCAUUUGCGUAUUAUUGAGUCCAACAGUCUUGGUGUGGUGUGGGGGAUUGGCUAUGACCACACUGCCUGGGUCCACACAGGAGGCUAUGGAGGAGGCUUCUUCCAGGGUUUGGCAAGCAGCACAGAUAACAUCUACACACAGACUGACGUGAAGAGUGUUUCUAUCUAUGAGAACCAGCGCUGGAAUCCUGUCACUGGUUACACUAACAGGGGUCUCCCUACUGACCGUUACAUGUGGAGCGAUGCCUCGGGUCUGAAGGAGUGCACUAAAAACAACACAAAACCACCCUCCCCCAACUGGACUUGGGUGUCAGACUGGACUAUUGACUAUGCUGUGCCAGGUGGGACAGACAGAGAGGGCUGGCAGUAUGCAGCUGACUUUCCUGCGUCAUACCACGGAUAUAAAACAUUGAAGGACUUUGUCCGCCGCAGACAUUGGGCCAGAAAGUGUAAACUCACAACAACUGGCCCCUGGCAGGAAGUCCCGCCUAUACCUUUGAGUGACAUCACAAUCCUGCCUUGUGGACCAAAGAGCACGGUGGAACAGGUGCCAUUAUGGGCCAUCAGCAACAAAGGAGACGUCUUGUGCCGUCUGGGUGUCACUUCACUUACCCCUGGAGGGUCGUCAUGGUUACAUGUUGGAACCGACCAGCCUUUCAAGUUGAUUUCCAUAGGUGCUGUCCACCAGGUUUGGGCCAUCGCUAAGGAUGGCUCUACGUUCUUCAGGGGCUCUGUGUCCACCCAGAACCCGGCAGGAGAUUGCUGGUAUCACAUCCCCUCUCCAACCGGACAGAAGCUUAAACAGGUGUCAGUGGGCAGGACGUCUGUAUACACAGUAGAUGAAAAUGGUACACCUAUACAUGUCACACUGAUAAAAAGGUGUUAAUACAUCAGUGGCCACUGAUACUUUUCAAAAGUGGGGAAGCACAGAUGUUACUAAUCAAU